GAGCAUUUCAGCCAUGAAUUUAGCGCAGUGCCUGUGUGGUCUGACGAUCUUAAUAUCUGUAAGCCUUAGCUUCAGUGAGGCUUCUGCAGUUGAUGUGAUCAGGCUUCGUCUUGUGGAUGGGCGUUAUCCUAACGAGGGGCGAUUAGAGGUGCUUCCUCCCGGCGAAGUGACCUGGGGAUCUUACUGCUCCAACUCUAAUCCAUUUCAAACUGGCCGCGUGGCAUGUCGGCAACUGGGCUUUCCCGCUCUAUUCCUGGCCACCUCUACUGGGCAGUUUGGCAGGGCGACCGGUCCGAUAUGGUUCGAGGAGAUUUCAUGCAAGACAUGGGAUCUUGAACCGGCCACCCUGGAUGGGUGUAGGAGUGUGGAGUGGUUGCCGAGAUACGACGUUUGCGAUCACAGAUUUGAUGUAGGCAUCACCUGCUUUACCGGAAAUCUCCGCUUAGUUGGAGGUAAAAGAGAGACCGAAGGAAGAGUCGAGCUCCAUUUGGGAGGAGACAAAUGGGUUCUGUUAGCAUAUCCGAGGGGGCUGACUUUUAUGUAUUCCGACACCGUUUGCCGUCACCUCGGGUAUCCAUUCUCAGUUGGGGCGACAGAAGAGGUGGCGAUAACAAACAGCAGCCAGGAGAUGUUGUGUGCGUUCUCUCACUGCCCACUUUUUGUACAGCAAGAAUCGAGGGAUUUCUUUGAUUGCCUGGAUCACCAAAGUUUAAAACUCUGCCCGGAUAAGAACAGGACGUUAUUCGGAGUAGUCUGUGCAACAGAAAAUGCUAUGAUUCCGUCCAAUGCAAGCAUGGAAUUUCGUCUCGUCGACGUGGCAAACGCAUCACGUUACAGAGGGAUAGUGGAGGCUCGCUAUAAUGGGUUCAGUUGGAAGACAGUUUGUUUUCAACUGGUGACGGACUUACGAGCAAAGCUAGUUGCUGAUGAAGCAUGCCAAAGCCUGGGCUAUCCUUGGGCUUCUGCCUCGGAGCUAAUCUAUUACUCUGAAUCCCCCGGCUACGUGAGCACUGGAGAUGAACUAGUCUUGAGAGAGCUGUACUUGGGAUCAACCAUCGGCGAAUUACGGUGGAUACAAGGCCAGAACACCUGCCAGAAACAUUACUAUGAACUUCUUUCUGUGGAAUGUGAAACAGAUACAGAUUUGAUUGGCCAUAAACAACGUUUACAAGGGGACAAUGUCCAGCUGUCACAGUACGCUAGGUAUUUCCUGUAA